UUCUUUAAGAGAUCCUAAUAUGGAGUCCAACCACACGGCGUUCUGUGAAUAUCAAGACUUCAUAGGAGCGAUUACAACAUGGAAUUUCGUUGUUUACUUUUGUAUCAUAUUCACUGCGGUAACGGCCAACGUUAUGCUGUUGUUUGGCAUCUACAGAAAUCCACUAAAAUGCUUUCGUAACCCAACGACAUAUUUCAUCACGAAUUUAGCCAUCGCUGAUUUGCUGAACGCUUUGUAUUAUCUUGUACAAGUCUUGGCGACACAGACGACAUAUAAAACUGCUUACUGUUUCCCAGCACCCUGGCCGAGAAUGUUCUCAGCCAUUGGAAAUGUUGCCUAUUUUAUAACAGUUCCUUCAGUAACUAUUCUGGCGUUAGAGAGAUAUGUGAGCAUUGCCCAUCCAUUAUGGCAUCAAGUGAAAGUCACCUCUCGGCUGUGUUUUACCUGCAUUGCAUUGGUGUGGAUAGUCACAGCUACCUAUACUGCAAUAAUACAGCUCAUAAACUCUGGUUGGGCAAUAUUUGUGACAAUUUACCCAAGCGUGUUCUACCUAACUACAGUCUUGAUCUAUGUCCUGGCCUGUAUUUCAAUUCGUAAACAUCGCUUUUCUUUCUCAACGGACAGCACAAAAUCAGACAUUGCGAAAAGAAUGACGCAGCUUCGUUUGAGAAAUCAAAACCGCUUUUUGACUACCGUAUUUAUUAUCAAUGUUGUGCUAUUAGGUGGAAUAGUUCCAAUUAUAGUUGGUACUUAUCUUUCAAACACAAUCGAAGGCCCGGUUUCAUCAACUUUAGACGUGUUGUCUUUCCUCGUAGAUAUUCUGUUUUUCCUCAAUAUGGCUGUGAAUCCUUUUCUGUACAUAUGGAGGUUACCAAAAUAUAGGAAAACAUUUCUUGUUAUGUACUGUUGCAAGAAAUAAACAGAGAGACAGGCGUCUAUCAUGGCAGACACGUAAUUAUUAUACCGGUCCAAUUAGUUCUCGUUUUAGCAUAUUUCCUCGGAAACCUAUAGGGUCAUCUAAGUUUUAAUGAGCCAUGCACAAGGGAACCCUGCUAUCUUGGAGUGUGUGGAUAGUGGAGAAAUAAUUUUUCUGCGUAGAUCGUAAUAUGUUACACAAUAGUCCCAGUGUUUAAAUGUUCAACACUAUCAACGGGACAUCUGAAGA